AUGAAACAAAAUGGAAGACAAGAAAUGUUCACAUUGUUCACACAAAUAAUUCACUAUAGUGUAUCGCGGUGUUUAACGCGUGUGUUUACAUCUUAAAUUGAAAUUAUAUCAAAAUAUUUUAUAAAUUUAGCAUAACGUUAAUUAUACAAAACUGUCUAGUUAAUCAAGCUCCAGAUAAAAAGUUUUUUCUAUAUUAAUUUUUCUAAUAACAAAGUUUAAAAGAUGGAAAGAGGUUAUAGUUUAGCAAAGAAACACAAAGUUUUAUAUGAAUGGAAAAUAAAUGCUAUCAGUACUUACCUUAAUGCUCCUGCCACUCAAGACGGCCUUAUUUUGAAAUCACCAGAAUUCUCGACUGGAGCUGAAAUUAACGAUAAAUGAAAUAUUAGCUUGGAUUUUAGAAAAAAAGAAUCCAGUCUGUAUUCAAAUUUCAUAUCAAUAUAUCUUUAUAAUUGCACUGAAAACAAAAUAACAGCAGAAGUUAUAUUUUUCAUUUUAAAUAAUGAUAGAGAAAGAAUAUUUAUUAGAGACUUUAAGGAAGUUUUUAAAAACUCAUUGAGUUACUGGGGUUAUGGAGAAUUUUUAGAAAAAGCAAGAUUACAAAGAGAAAAAUUUCAGUUGAUUCCUCAUGAUGUUUUGACAGUAGGUGUUGAAGUUACUGUUUACGAUGAUUGUACUACAAUUACAACUAGUGUUUCAUUUAAGAAUAUAAAAAGUCAAAUGGCACAUCAGUGCGGAGAACUUUACAACUCUAAAAUAGGCAGCGACGUUGUUGUGGAGGUGGGAGAUAAAGAAUUCCCAGCUCACAAAAUUAUUCUGAUGGCACGAAGUCCUGUUUUAGCUGCGAUGUUUUCUCACGAAAUGAUUGAAAAGAAGGAUAAUAAGUUAACAAUAAUAGAUAUUAGUCCAAAAAUAUUCGAAAAAGUCUUGGAAUAUAUUUACACUGAUGAAGUGACUCAUCUUGAUGAUGACGCUCACUAUUUGUUAGAAGCCGCUGAUAAAUAUCAGCUGGAAACUUUGAAGCAAAUGUGUCAAAACUCGCUCAGCAAAUCUCUAACUGCAGAAAAUUCGUUCUAUGUGAUGACUCUGGCCGACCGCCACAAUGCCAAAGAGUUAUUGGAAUAUGUCAGUGAGUUCGUGGUUAUUAAUGCUGAAGAGAUAAUUGAGACCAAAACCUUCAAAGAGUUGGAGAAGUCAAAAUCAUCUUUGAAUUUGAUGUUGUUUAAAAAAUUCACUAUGUUGAAUUUGGCUAAAAAUGAAACUAAAAUUACUCAUUCGAGUUAAAAAUUGUCGGAUGAAUCGAAAUUUAAAAUAAAAGUGAAUUAGGUUUAGAUAUAGAAUCUUGAUUCAUAUUUCAACAUAAUUACUGACUAUUUUUGUACGAAAAAUAUUUCCAUAAAUUUUUUGCUAUGAACUCAAAUAUAUUUAUAUUCAUUUUGUUAAAUAAUAUGAUUGAGUUUUUGAAAUAUGUCGACUUACUGAUAGCAUUGAGUUGUAAAAGUUAUUGCUUAGAAUAUUAUUUUAAACAAAACACGAUAUGCAGCAAAUAACGUCAUCACUUUCAACUAGAAUUGCUUAUUACUGAUAACAUCAUCAUAUUUUUUAUCAUUUAAUAUAUUUUAUAAACAAAAUAUUGUUAAAUAAUUUAAUAAAAAUUUAAAGAACUUUAAAUUUCUAUAUAAAAAUAAGUUUUUAAACAUUUAACGCAUCCUAUUUUCCCAAAAAGUAUAGAGGUCCCAAUGGAAGAGUGCAGAGUCCCACUUGCGAAUUAAAAGUGGGGGUAUAUGGUAAGGAAAUGUUAGUUGAGUCUGGUGGGAUUGAAAUGAAAUUCAUACUGGGAUGAUAAGAAACUAAUCAGAAUCUCUACCACUCCGCUCUCACAUAAGUAAAAUAGAAGUCGUAAUCUCAUGUAUAAAGUUGUUAAGUUUAAGUGCAAAAAUAAAGUCUUCAGUGAUAUUUUUAUUUUUAUUAUUAUAUACAUUUUGCAAUAGUUAAAAGUGUUAAAUAUUUUCAAUAAUAUUAACUACUACAAAAUCAUAAUAAAAAAUUCUUUAAAAAUUAACUUGUGCGCAUUUUUGUACGUGAUUGUUUUUUUUUUUACACUGACAGCUGUCAGCGAAUAUACAAAACUCAAUUGUUUGCCGCAGUUAGUGAAACUAAUCGCGAUCUCUCACAUCAAGUGACAACAGUUAUUCAGUGUUUUAUUAUUUUUACUUAUUAUUAAAUACAUUAUUUGAGUAACAAGUGUACGAAAUAACAACAAUACUAUAAUCUGAUAAUAAAAUUCGCAACGAAAGUAAAUAAAUAAAUCGUCUUAUAAUAUUAUUUGUGUUAUAAAUUAAAUAAUAACUAAAAAUGAUGAGAGAAUACACAACAUUAGACGAACGUAAUAUUGUUUACGAAUGGAAGAUAAAUAAGAUUGAUUUUUUUUUCAAUCGUAAAACUAAUUUUACUCUUCAUUCUUCCCCAAUCUCAUCGGGAACCAGCUCCGAUAUGUGGCGGAUUGACGCAAUUUUCAGUUCUGAAGACAAUGUUGAGUUUCAUUUGAACCUGAUAAAGGAUACCGAAUUAAAUAUAGAAUUUUCAUUUUACGUCUUAGACAAUAAAAAAGAAAAAAAUUUUAUAAACAAUUAUGUAGAACGCUACUAUAGAAGUACCAAAUUAUGUCUAUGUUUAUCAAAACAAACUUUGUUGGAAAACGAAGAUAAAUACUUACCCGAUAAUACUUUAACGGUGUGCCUUGAUUUAACUGUGUAUGGCACUCCUACUACAACUUCCGAUAAAUUUAUAAAUUUUUCAAAACGUCAAAUGGCUCACGAUUACACAGAACUUUACAACACUAAAAUGUGUUCUGAUACUAUUAUUAAUGUGGGUGAUAAAGAAUUUCAAGCUCAUAAAAUCAUUUUAAUGGCGCGGAGUCCUGUUCUUGCUGCAAUGUUUUCUCAUGACAUGAUUGAGAAAAAAGAAAAUAAAAUAUCUAUACCAGACGUUACUCCAGAGAUAUUUGAAAAGGUCUUAAAGUACAUAUACACUGAUGAAGUAAAUGAUCUGAAUGAGAUUGCUGACGAUUUAUUAGAAGUUGCCGACAAAUAUCAGCUCCGGUCACUAAAAGAAAUGUGCCAAGAAUCGCUUAGUAAAACUCUAACUGUUAAAAAUGCCUUGAAAAUAAUGACUUUGGCUGAUCUUCACAGUGCAAAAGAUUUAUUAGAAUUUACGAUUGAUUAUAUGGCAUCAAAAAUUAAAGAUAUUAUCGUGACUGAAGACUUUAAAGUCCUUGAAAAAUCAAAUGUUACUGAGGCAUUUGAAUUAAUAAAGAAAUUAUCAUCUCAUAAGUAAAACAACAACAAAUUAAGAAAAUACAACCACUAAAAAUAUAAACUAACAACGAGUACUGGAAUUACAUACAACAACUUGAUGCUCAAUAAUUAUUUUAUUAUUUCAAAUAUCUUUAAUAAGUAUUACAAGUCAUUUAUAUUUAAGGCUGGGCCGUACUAAACGAAUUUUUGAAUUUUACUUUUCUUUUAAUUUAAUAAUCAAUGGUUAUUACAGAAAUUUUUAUAGCUUCCGAAAAAAUGUGAAAGCCAAACUUUUUUUGGAAGGUUUUCAUCGUUCGAGUGACGUAAUUAUUCAAAACGUAAUUAGAAAAGUAAAAUUCAAAAAUUCGUUUAGUACUGCCGACCCUUAAGGGGAUACGCUACCGGACCUCUUUCUCACACUCAGAAAAAUAAACGGAACUAUCUUUGUUGCACUCGUUGAGUAAAUGAGAAUUUUAAAACAAUUUUUCUCGGAGACGUAUUAUAAUUCUUGAAAAUACGAAAUUUCUAGCCCUCUGUUAAGGCUUUAAAAAACGCUAAAGACUCUCUAUUUUAGGUUUCUAGUGUUUGUCCGUAAAUUAAAUUGAAUUGAAAAUUGGUUACCGUUACCCCUUAAUGCGCAUGUUUACUUCUUGUUACGGUUGAAUUCAAAAAAUAUUUAAAGUUAUCGAUACCAUCUGGUGGUAAAAAGUUUAUUACGUAGCAUAGGAUAAAAAAACAAUGAAAGAAAAAAUAACAUCACUACUAACCGGAAGUACUUAUAAAGUUAAUAUUUUCUCAUGUUUAUAUUAUUUACUAUAUAUUAUCAAUGACUAUUUUUUAAAAAUAAUAUAAUAAAAACUGUAACAAAAAAUUAUAAAAAUAAACUUUUCAAAAAUCAACGCGUAGAUUUUAUUUACGCGGUUUCUCAUGAGCGCGCCAUUCCGCCAUUGAGUACAUUUUCUACACUAGUAAAGUUUGAGCGGGGUGACAGUCGUCGUUUUACAUAUAUUAUUUAUAAUUGAAUAAACUGCUCUACUAAUAAGCAUAAAAAAUAGUUCAAAAUUCUUAUCUGAUAACAUAAUUCUCAAUAAAAAUAAAUAAUUUGAAAAUUUUGAAAUAUUGAUUGUGUUGUGAGUCAAAUAAUUAUUCAAAAUGGAAAGAGGUUAUACUACAAUAGAUGAAAAUAAUAUCGUUUACGAAUGGAAGAUUGAUAAAAUUAAUUUUUUUCUCAAUAGUAAAAUCAAUUUUACUCAUAAUUCUUCCGAAUUCUCAUCAGGAUCUAUAUUCAAAGAUACAUGGCGUAUUAAAUCAGUCUUUGAUUCUAGAGAAAAUGCAGACUUUUACUUGUGUUUAACAAGUGAUCAUCACGAAUUGAAUGUAAAAUUUUCAUUUUAUGUGUUGGAUAAUAAGAAAGAAAAAAUUUGUAUAAAAGAGUAUCAGGAAUCUGUCAGUAAAGGAGAAAGAAUGUAUUAUGCCUUAAUAAAAAAAGUUUUAUUGGCUAAUGAAGAUAAAUAUUUACCUGAUAAUACGUUGACAGUGUGUCUUGAUCUUACCGUGUAUGGCACCUCUAUUACAACAUCCACAAAACUUGAAUUAAAUAUUCCAAAACAUCUAAUGGGUCACGAUUACACUGAAUUAUAUAACUCUAGAAUCGGUAGCGAUACUAUUAUAAAUGUGGGCGAUACUACUUUUGAAACUCACAGAAGUAUUCUAAUGGCGCGAAGUUCUGUUCUAGCCGCAAUGUUUUCACAUGAAAUGAUUGAGAAGAAAGAUAAUAAAAUAUCAAUACCAGACAUUACUCCAGAGAUAUUUGAAAAAGUCCUUGAGUACAUUUACACUGAUAAAGUAACUGGUCUGGAUGAGAUUGCAGAUGAUUUAUUAGAAGCUGCGGACAAAUAUCAGCUACUGUCACUUAAAAAUAUUUGUCAAGAAUCUCUUAGUAAAACUCUGAAUCUUGAAAAUGCAUUCAAAUUAAUGCCUUUAGCUGAUCGUUACAGCGCUGAACCUCUGGUAAAAUUCAUCACCGAUUUCCUGGUCAAAAAUAUAAAAAAAAAUAAUAUUGACAUUCAGGAUUUUGAAAAUUUUAAGAAAUCACAUUCUUCCUUGGCAUUCAAAGUGUUGGAAAAAUAUUCAUUUUCCAAAAAUGAAUAUUAAAAUAGUAUUGCUGAUACAACCUUAGAAUAGUAAACAAAACCCAGAAAACACCGACAAUUGGAACUACGUACAAUGACUUGGUGCUCAACAGUAUUUCAUAAUUUAAAAACUUGUUUUAUUAUUCACGUUAAUUAACAUGUUAACUAAUUAUUAUUAAAAGUAUUUUGCAUUUUUUGUACUUUUUAAUUAAGUUGUUGAAAAAUAAAAUCCGAAAAUUGUUAAUUCUCUGCUAACUUCAAGAUCACAUUUAAGUUUAAACGAUGAGAAUUAAUUACAAUAAAUACCUUAGAUAUUUGAAUGCUCCGAGUCUCAUAGAUGAACACAAAUUCUCAUUAUUUAUCGUUUUAUGAGUGUUAAUGUAGCUGAUGAUUAUCAAUUUUUU